GCAACAGUUUUGGAUAUUUUAAGCACAUGUCUAUAGUUUACUUGCAUAUUCUCAUUUUAUUAUGCAAAGUUUACUUGCAUAUUCUCAUUUUAUUAUGCAAAGUUUACUUUCUCCUAGCUAUAUUUUAAAUUAAAAUUGUUUACUUUAUUUUAGCAUUUGUAUAAAUUAAAGUUGUUGUGUAAAAAUUUUUGCAACCUAAAACAAGGUAACAUAAGCCAUGCCUUUAACUAGUACUGAAAGAUCUCGUAUUAGAAGACAAAAAUUGAAAGCUGAUCCACAAAAAUAUGAAGCAAUGAAAACUGAAGCAAGCAGAAAAAAGAAGGAAUACAGACAUUCCAAAAUACUUACUGAAGAGCAGAAGAUCAACAUAAGAGCAAAAAAUAAGGAAGCACAAAAAAGAUGCAGGGAAAAAAAGAAAGAUGCAGAAAUAAUAACAGAUUCACCUGGCUACACAAGCAGACAAUCAUUGGGUAAAGCUGUUAAAAAAAUCACUAAUUCACUACCAAGACCACCAAAUAAGAAAAUUCAUGCAUUGACAGAUGUUAUAGCCAAAAUAUCUCCUUUGAAAAGAAAACAAAUAAUUAAAAAUUCAAUCAAAAUUAAAAGGCUGCAGCUAUCUGAAAUUGAUCGAAAAAAAAGAUGUGACAAACUUUCUGAAGAAACAGAGAAAAAAGUAAAUGAAUUUUUCAUAAGAGAUGAUAUAAGCAGAAUGUGUCCUGGAAAGAAGGACGUAAUAUCCUUAAAAACAGAUGUAGGGCGAGAAAUACACCAAAAACGUUUUCUUAUAAUGAGCAUCGGAGAAGCACACCAGCUUUUCCUGAGUGAAAAUCCCGAUUUUAGUAUUGGAAAAUCAAAAUUUCAUGAAAU